AUGAUUGCUGUUCUCAAGGAACAUGCACCGGAUGUCUUUAACAUUGAUACCAAACGCGGAAAGCUCAGAUGCAGUAUCACCUUUGUCCGCCGUUUCCUCCAAGUCCACCUUCAAUGGUCAAUCCGAAAAGCAACACGUGCAGCGCAGAAGAUUCCUAAGAACACACCUGAGCUCUGCCGUGCUUCCUUCUGCUGUCAAGCGCUUGCCAUUCGCGACCUUCAGAUUCCUGACGCUCUACGGGUCAACAUCGACCAAGCUCAGUGUGUACUGAUGGACACAUGCGGCUGGACAUAUGAAGUCAAGAACAGCAAGCAAGUGACCUGUAUCAGAAAGGAAGAGAAGCGCGCAUUCACAAUACUGGUUGGUGUCUUUGCAUCUGGGGUCGCCCUGCCGUUUCAAGCAAUCUGGAAAGGCAAAACUGCUGGAUCACUCCCUUCUCGCUCAGCGCGUGGCUACGCCGAAGCUGAAAAGCUUGGCUUCCACUUUGAAUCUUCGAUGAGUGACAACUACUGGUCUACGUUUGCCACGAUGUGCAGCUACAUCACCCACAUUCUUGUCCCCUACUUCAACAGCAUCAAGGAGCAACUUGGACUCUUGCCAGAUCAGGAGUGUAUUCUGGAACUUGAUGUCUGGUCGGUGCAUCGAAGCGAGCAGUUUCGUACAUGGAUGAAGGCUGCCUAUCCUUGGAUUAUCCUCGACUUUGUUCCGGGUGGCUGCACC